AUGGCUAUUGCUCCAAUUAAGUUUGCCUUUACCAGCACAGUUUAUACUAUCCUUUUUACAAACCCAUCUUUUUCUCUAUUCAAUUGUCCUACCCAAGAAUCUCAAGCUCUUCUUUCCUUCAAAACAGCCUUGAAUGUCUCUGAUGGCAAUCUUAGUUCAUGGGUUAAUGGAAGUGACACUUGCUCCAAAUGGGAUGGCAUAUCAUGCGAUAAUCUCACCAACCAUGUAGAGCGGGUGAAUUUGACUGCUUACACCAACCACGAAGGGCAGGGCGUGCAGAGUGGAGUCAUAUCUGCUACUUUGUGCAAGCUUCCUUUCCUCAAAUACCUCAACUUGAGGAGCAUAGGUCUAACUGGUAAUAUUCCUUCCUUGUUUGAUGUGUCCAAAAAUGCAUUGACUGGAUACGUGCCAUCUUUGUGGCCUCCAUAUUUACAGCUAUUGAUGGUUAAUGACAAUGCUCUAGUCGGCACCAUUCCUCCAAGUUUGUGCAAUUUGGAUCACCUUGUAAAGUUAGAUCUGGCAAACAACAAAUUGAAUGGCAAUAUUCCUCCAUGCUUUUCAAACUAUAAGGCAAUUCAGGUGUUGAAUUUAGGGGGUAAUAGUCUGGAGGGAAGCAGACCCCAUGGGCUAUGCUGCUCCUCUUUAAUUGUAAGAUAUAAUAAGUUAAGUGGAGCCUUCCCUCCGUCAAUCACUGAUUGCAAGAGAUUACAAGUACUAGAUAUUGGGCAUAACAGAUUUGCUGGGGAAAUUCCAUGGUCAGUGGGAAAUCUAUCAGCCCUUCAAGUGUUCAUGAUGAAGAGUAAUCAUUUCAGAGGUAGAAUUCCUUCAGAAAUUGUCCAACUCAAGAAGCUCCAGAUCUUAGACCUGUCAUCUAACAAUAUAUCAGGUUUUAUUCCACGUAACAUUUCAUCUCUACAAGCAAUGGUAAUACCAAGAGGAGACGGCCACAUGUUAUCUACUCUGUUGAACCCCUUUCAUAUAUUUGUAAGAGAGAAAGGCCUUAAUACAUAUUUUAAACUUGGCCCUUUUGAUACAUAUGUAAUUCGAGUUCCGUCUCAUGUUGAAUUGGACAUGACCGUGAAAGGCUUAGAGCGGCACUACUCAUAUAUUCUUUCCACGACAACAUACAUAGAUCUCUCAAGCAAUCAAUUAAAAGGAGAAUUUCCAGUAGAAUUUGGAAAGUUAAAAGGGUUGAGGUUUCUCAAUCUAUCAAUGAACAACCUCAGUGGAGUUAUUCCACACAGUUUGGGGGAAAUGAGUCAGUUAGAAUCAUUGGACCUUUCUUCAAACAGAAGAUUUUAUGGAAGUAUUCCUACGGAGAUUCAAUCUCUAACUUCAUUGGAAUGUUUAGAUUUGUCCAACAACAACCUCUCAGGCAACAUACCCCAAGGAGGACAGAUGAUCACAUUUGACAACACGUCAUAUUCUGGAAAUCCAUAUUUGGAAGGAUGCCCACUUCCAAAGAAAUGUUCUUGGCCACAAUUUUCUCCUCCCCUUCGCUCUCCAAAUGAAAUACAAGAUAGAAAUGAAGGUUUUAGAAAGAAAAUAUCAUGA